UAAGACGGAGUGGGAUAUGGUGAGAUGAGUGAUUCCGUCCGCCUGCGAGUGGUACUACUUGUACUUGAGCCGGCGCUAAUGCCGCCGCGCCUUGUGUAUAUGAUUGUGACAUUCGUGAAAAAUAGGUUAAGUGUGUCGUGAUCUAAUAUGUAGGAACUAAUGACAACCAGUAUUUUAAUAGAAGUGAGUACAAGUUUUUUGUGCGAAAACUGAUAUCUAAGUUGUGAAUUGCAAGGUUCAUGGAAGUGUCGAUCGAGAUGUUUCCCGUGCGUAGUACACGCACAGCCUGCGAAGAUUAUAAAUGUGGUGUAAUGAGAGGAGGGCAGAGUUAAUCGUAAUAGCGCUUGACAGAGACAUGCCGUUAAUUAAUCCGAGUGACUGUUAAUAGUUUCGCUGUAAAAUAUGGUUAAAAUCACUGUUUUGUGAUGAGAAGGGCGUGAAUUUUAAUUUUUCAGUGUAGUCUGUUAAUUUGAAAACUCGGUAGGUUAUCGUAUACAACGAUAUUAUGCCCCUUAUAUGAAAUCCAUUAUUUAGAGAAUGAUAAUAUAUCAUUCCUUCUUGUACAUAUAAAAAUUCAGAAGAAUGGCUACUCACAAAUCAAGUGGUCAGAGUGGAAGGAAAAAGGUUCAGGUGUCAUUUGUAAUACGAGAUGAGGUGGAAAGGAGGCAUCGUGCUGGUGUUAAUUCUCUCCAGUAUGAUGCUCAUCUUCAAAGACUGUACUCUGCAGGGAGAGAUAGCAUUAUUCGUAUAUGGAAUUGUAAAAAUAUGAAAGAACCUUACAUUCAGAGUAUGGAACAUCACACCGAUUGGGUUAAUGACAUUGUUUUAUGUUGUGGUGGAAAGAAUUUAAUAUCUGCAAGUUCUGAUACCACUGUAAAAGUAUGGAAUGCUCACAAAGGAUUUUGUAUGUCAACAUUGCGAACUCAUAAAGAUUAUGUGAAAGCUCUUGCUUAUGCCCGUGAUAGAGAGCAAGUUGCUUCGGCGGGUUUGGACCGCGCUAUAUUCUUGUGGGAUGUAAAUACACUUACUGCUUUGACAGCAAGCAAUAACACUGUUACAACAUCUUCGCUUAACGGAAACAAAGAUUCAAUAUAUAGCCUGGCCAUGAAUCCACCUGGAACAGCCAUUGUGAGUGGAAGCACAGAAAAGGUAUUGAGAGUAUGGGAUCCACGAUCUUGCACCAAGCUUAUGAAGUUGAAAGGUCAUGCUGACAACGUGAAAGCACUGGUAUUAAAUAGAGAUGGAACACAAUGUUUGUCUGGAAGUUCAGAUGGUACUAUAAAAUUGUGGUCAUUAGGUCAACAAAGGUGCAUUUCCACAAUUAGAGUGCACGAUGAAGGUGUAUGGGCACUUUUGGCUACUGAAAAUUUUAGUCAUGUGAUUUCUGGCGGACGUGAUCGUAAGAUAGUUAUGACUGAUCUUAGAAACACUGAACGGUACACUCUAAUUUGUGAAGAGAGUGCACCAGUUUUGAAAAUGGCAAUGACUCCUGAUCAAGGAUCCUUAUGGGUUGCUACAUCUGAUUCAUCUAUUCGAAACUGGGUUCUUCCAAAGCGUGAUUGUCAAAUUAGUGGUGAUGCUGGUGAAGAGGAAGUUCUGAAACCUUUGAAUGUGAAACCGGAACUCACUAUCAAAGGGGGCCCAGCAGUGCGACACUAUCAAAUUCUCAAUGAUAAACGACAUAUCCUCACGAAAGAUACUGAGAAUAAUAUUGUUGUGUAUGAUGUUCUUAAGAUGCUAACUAUUCAUCUUGGUCAAGAUGAAAAUGAUUGUUUCUCUGCAUGGGUGUCUGCAAGAGAGGCAGGACUAGCUCCAAAUGACAUAGUGGAUCAGAAAGUUAAUUAUGGAAAUUUGCUAUUACAAGCACUACUAGAGCAUUGGUGGAGACCUCUUCAAGUUGAUGAAGAUGCAGAAUGUCAAGGGGACCAGCAAGCUGCGGGUCAGACACGUGGUGGCAAUGAGUAUUUUUCUGUUCCAGGGCACACCCCUGUUAUUUUUAGGGAUCGUCUCAUUGCUAAUGACUUUAUUCAAGUUCGGAAAGUGGCUGAGCAUGUGUAUGAGAAAGUGCUUGGAGCAGGUUCUGAAUCAGGAUCAGUAGCUGGUCCGAGUUCACCAGGAGCAGAUCGCCCUGAUCCUGAUCGACAAGAGACAAGUUCAAUUGCAGAAGAUAGAGUGGAACUCCUCUGCAAUGAUCAAGUAUUGGAUUCCAAUAUGGAUUUACGUACUGUGAGGCACUUCAUCUGGAAAUCUUCAGCUGAUCUCACACUUCACUAUCGACCUCUGAAGUAGCAUUGAAGUGUUUUUAAAAUCGAAAGUUUGUGAAUGGUUAAGUAUUAGAACCUGCGAGGGUGCUAUGGCACUUAUUUGUUAUAUAAUAUUUGUGGAAUCAGUGAUACAAGUUCAGAUGCCAAUUUUUGCCAGGAAGUGUAUUUUGAAUUAGUGGAAAGUGUUAAAUAAGUGUAAAUAUAUAUGUAUGAAGGAACAUAUGUCUUGUGUGUUUGUGUGUGUGUGAGUGCAUAGUGCAUAUGAGAGUGUGUUUGCCCAUGUAUAUGAAAACUAUUUUUUAGACAUUAUUUUUGUUUAUAGUUUAAUUUCAGCUUAUGUCAUUACUGAGUAAUGGUGUAGAAAGGUAAUAAUUGUUUUACAUAUAAUGAAUAUUGUUAAAGAGUUUGUUGUGUUUCACAAAUACAGACAUUUGUGAAUUUUUCUUCUGUUUCACAGUUCAUACAAAACAUUAAAAAACAAAGUUAUUUGCCACCUGAGUUGUUUUCUGUUGGAGAAUAAUAAAAUUUCAUGUGAAGACAACAGUUCCAAUUUAUAGUACUGCAUAAUACUAAUUACUGAUUUCUUAAACACUGUUUUAUAAUUGGUAUGGUUAUUUUAAUACUAGGCUGAUUACCUGAUGUUGCUUGGAUAUUUAUUUAUCACAAUCGUCUUUUCACACAUAGUGGACCCACACCUCUGAAUGUUACCCUACCCGAUUUUCCAGCCAUUUUCACACGGCGAUACAUGGAUAUGGGGUGUUGAUAUAAUAUGUUUGAACAUAACUCACCUUACUGCAAGAGUAUAUAGGAGACUGUGAAAGGUUCUAAAAGCGCUAGCAUAUACUGAGACGAGACAUAUAGUUUCUUCAAAUGUUAAUGGAUGUCUCAUAAAUGAAUAGCGUGCUAAGACUAAAAUCUCUGUUUGGGGUCCUUGCUGGUUGGACAAGAAAAGAUGUAAUUUUCUGUCUGCAAUCCGCAAUGUGUUAAGAAAUCUAUAUGCCUGCUUCUUCUUCUCUUCACACUGUGCACGUUCCUCCUAUUUAGCCUGCUGUUUCUUUUAACCUAUGCCUUCUGCACCUCCAGGUCUAGCCCCUUCUGCUCCUUUUACUCCUCUAGCCCCUCAUGCUCCUCACUUUGCUUCAUCUGCUCCUCUCGCUCAUUUUACUCCAUCUGCUACUUGCCCUCCACUCACCCCUCCCAGUUCUUCUUGCUUAGCCUUGCCUUGCAUCACAUGGCAGUGCGCAUUAACAAUGCUGCCCAGAGGUGUUGGAAAUUUCAAUUAACUAAUAUUGUAAAAAUAAUACAUUUUAGGAUAUACUUUUGAAUAAGAAUUUUGCUCCUUUUGUUUCCUGGUCACUCAAAAGUGUUUGUGCCAAAUUGGAAAUUAAUCUACCCAGUAGUAUUAAAUUGUUUGUGAUACAUUGAAACUCUCAUACUCUUACUUUCUUAUAUUAGAUUUUAGUAUUUUUGGAUAUAACUGUCUACACUUUGUUAUGGAUCCUGACUGUUUUGGGACAUAUUUUUGUGGGGGAAUUUUUAAUAUGCAAUAACAAGUCUCUAAUCAAAAAUUAAUAAUUUCAUCGAAAAAUAUAACAUAUUUUUCAAAAAUGUAUCUUCGUAAUAUUGUUAUUGCACCCAUUAGAGAGUAUAAAUUAAUUUCCACAGGGUCAUCUGCAUUCCUGCCUUCUCUCUUCCAUCUAUAAAAAAAUAGUGUGUAUUGGAAGCUAUUGCAAGAAAAUGCCUAACAUGGAAACAUAACCACUGUUGUUUUUAACAGUACAAUACACAUAUCUCAAAAUGAAAUGUGACACUCCGUUACUCAUAAAAUGGCAAAGUCAUUGUGUAUAAGUUUUUAAGAAAUUGUAUUAAGUGAAAGCUCUCAUUUUGUGAGUUCUUACUUUUCCGUAUACGUACGUAUAUACGGAGUAAUAUAUGUAGUAUAAACAAAGUUAUGUAAAGCUGCGAAAAAUUGAAUUCUAGACUUUAAAAAAAUACACAUUUUGGGGCCUCCAACCAAUACCAAAA